AAAUGCUGUUUUAUAUAAAAAAUUAAAUGAUAUAAAUUUGGUUAUUAUAUUAUUUUAUGAUAUAUAAUUAUUAUUUUAUCAUUACAAUUUUUCAUAGGUAUGGCAUGCAUACCAAUUACAUUUCAACCUAGUAUGAAAAUUAAACAAAUUCCUAAUUACAUAUACUUGCAUGAUUUGCAAAUGUAUAUUAUACCUCCAUCUGGAUAUAUUAAAUUAGAAGAAUUAUAUCAAUGGUGUAUUGAUAGAUUAAAGGUUUUAGAAUUAGUAAACAAAGUAUCAAAACAAUAUUAUAAAGCGAGGCAGUGUCGUAUUGCUUUAAUUAAAGAAUUGGAAAAAAAUGAUUUAAUUAAGUUUGCAAAACUUAUAAAUAUGUCUAACUAUGAAAUUUCACAAAGUAAAAAGCAGUUUCUAAGAAAAAAUGAUUCUAUAUCACACUUUAUUUUGAGAUCAGCAUUUUCUUUAGAACAUAAGAAAAGACAAUGGUUCUUUAAACAAGAAGUAAAAUUAUUUAAAUGGAGACUUUCUUUUUUGAAUAAAAAAGACAUAAAACUUUUUAAUUAUAUUAAUGGAAUUCAAUUUCCUUCUGUUUCUGAAGAGGAAAAACAAAAAAUUAAAAAAGACUUAGAAAUGUUUUGUUUUGUCAAUGAAAAUAUUAAUAUUAUAAAUUUUUAUAAAGUAUAUUUUACUAAUGUAAUAAAUCUGAUUGCAAAACGACAAGUAUUUUUGAAAAAUGGAAUUGCUUAUGUACCUGAAACAAAAGUUUAUUGGAUAAUUUUUUCUGAAUUUAAAAAAAAAUUAAAUGAAGGUUUUGCUUACUCAAGAACAACAAUAUCAAAUAUUUAUGGUGAUGAAAGAAUAACAAAAAUAUUUAAUAUACUUCAAAAUUAUAUUAAUAAACCAUAUCUUGAACAUAAUAGAUAUAAAUAUAUAUCUAUUGAUGAAUUAGAUGAGCUAUCACAAAAAUCAUUUCCAUUGUGCAUGAGAUUGCUUCAUGAAGCAUUACAAAAAAAUCAUCAUCUCACAAAUGGUGGUAGAGUUCAAUAUGGCUUGUUUCUUAAAGGAAUAGGUCUUAAAUUACAUGAUGCAAUACAAUUUUGGAAAGAUGAAUUUACAAAAAAAAUGGAUGAAAAAACUUUUGAAAAACAAUAUAAAUAUGGCAUACGAUUUCUAUAUGGACAGGAAGGAAAACGUGCAGAUUAUGAACCAUUUCAUUGUUUUAAGAUAUUUAAUUCUAAUGUUGGUUUACGAGAUAAUCAUGGUUGUCCAUUUAAAUGUAUGACAUUUGAUCUACUGAAACAGACACUCUCAAAUUAUGGAUUAAUUCAUUUAGAUAUAGAAUCAAUAAUUCAACAUGUAAAAAAAAAAUCUUAUCUUGAAGCAUGCAAAAUUGGAUAG